CCCUCCUCUGGAGGGUGUUUGCUAUUUCCGAGCUGGCUGGGAGGAUCCCAGUCGCAUCAGCCGCAGGCAGCGACGCGGCACCGCCGGGUACCACCGCGAUCCCACCGGCAUCCUCCGUCCUUCCCGCCUGGAUCAGCCCCGCCGGGGCUCCCUGUCCUGCCGCCCCUUCCAUUCUCUCACCCUGCCGCUCCACCGGCAUCCCACCGCGUCCCGGCAGCCCCCCGGCGCGGCCAGGAGCUCAGCCCCUCCGGCCAUGGAGCUGCUCUCCACCCCCAAGAACAUCGAGAUCAACAACAUCACCUGCGACUCCUUCCGCAUCUCCUGGGCCAUGGAGAAGGGGGACCUGGAGAGGGUCACUCACUACUUCAUCGACCUCAACAAGAAGGAGAACAAGAAUUCCAACAAGUUCAAACACCGGGAUGUCCCCACCAAGCUGGUGGCCAAGGCGGUGCCGCUGCCCAUGACGGUGCGGGGGCACUGGUUCCUGAGCCCCCGCACCGAGUACAGCGUGGCCGUGCAAACGGCCGUCAAACAGAGCGACGGGGAGUACCUGGUGUCCGGCUGGAGCGAAACCGUGGAGUUCUGCACCGGGGACUAUGCCAAGGAGCACCUGGCCCAGCUGCAGGAGAAGGCAGAGCUGAUCGCCGGCCGCAUGCUGCGCUUCUCCGUCUUCUACCGCAACCAGCACAAGGAGUAUUUCCAGCACGUCAGGAUGCACUGCGGGAACGUGAUGAAGCCGUCGCUGAAGGACAACAGCGGGAGCCACGGCUCCCCCACCAGCGGGAUGCUGCACGGCAUCUUCUUCAGCUGCAACACCGAGUUCAACACCGGGCAGCCCCCCCAGGACUCGCCCUACGGCCGGUACCGCUUCCAAAUCCCGGCCCAGCGCCUCUUCAACCCCAACACCAACCUCUACUUCGCGGACUUCUACUGCAUGUACACCGCCUACCACUACGUCGUGCUGGUCCUGGCGCCCAAGGGCUCCUCCGGGGAUCUCUUCUGCCGGGAGCGCCUCCCCCAGCUGGACAUUUCCUCCAACAAGUUCCUGACGUGCUGCGUGGAGGAGGGCGAGCUGGUGUACCGCCACGCCCAGGACAGCAUCCUGGAGGUCAUAUACACGGAGCCCGUGGACCUCGCCCUGGGCGUGCUGGGGGAGAUCAGCGGCCACCAGCUCAUGAGCCUCUCCACCGCCAACGCCAAAAAGGACCCCAGCUGCAAGACGUGCAACAUCAGCGUGGGGCGUUAAAGGGGGGAGGAGGAGGAGGCGGGCAGGGCCGGGAAGGGGGAUGGGCGCCCGCCCUGGGGGCUUCUCCCACGGACACU